CACACAAUGACCAAUCACCAUUCAACGCCAACACGCGAAUAGUCACACUGAAUUUGUUGUCAACAAACAUGUCGCUGAUUAAAAAUUUAGUUAAAGAAACGGAAAACAAGCCUCGAAAGAAGAAAAAGAAUGCGGGAUCCGACGACAGCGAUUCUGGGGAAAAAGACAAGCCAUUGGGGCCGUUUAUUAAAACGGCUACAGAUCUACAAAGAUUAAAGCUGGAAAAACUUAUGAAAAAUCCCGAAAAGCCAGUUAUUAUACCAGAGCAGCGCCGUGAGCGUGACUACAUGUCUUCGGUGCCCACAUUUGUGCGCAAUGUGAUGGGCAGCAGCGCUGGAGCGGGUUCCGGCGAAUUUCAUGUCUAUCGCCAUCUGCGACGCAAAGAAUAUGCACGCCAAAAGAAUAUACAAAACCAAAGCCUACGCGAAGCUGCUGAUGAUGCGUAUCAACAGAAAUUGGAUAAUAACAAACGAGCUGCCGAGGAGCGUACGGCAAAAAAACGCGCAAAGCGCUUGAAGAAAAAACAACGGGCAAAACGUCUACGCGAACAGAAACCAAACGAAGACAAAAAGCCAGACAGUGAGUCCAGUGGAAGUGCUUCAGAAGCCGAAGCUGAUGUGGGUACUGCAGCUGAGGAGUUGCCGGCAGAAGACAAGGAAGUGGCGAGCGUUACACAACCAACAGAAGACAUGGCUGCGGAGCCAGCGGGCGCGCCAGUUGCAAAACCCAACGCAGAAAUGGAAGCGGCUGCUAAAGUGAAAGAAGCGGAAACAGCUGCGACUGCAGCUCCUGAAACGCAAGAAAUGGAAACAGUUGCGACUGCAGCUCCUGAAACGCAUGAAAUGGAAGCAGUUGCAACUGCUGCUCCUAAACCAGAGGCUGCAUCAGAAACCGAAGCCUCCCAGCCAGAGAAUUGACCUAAUUUAAUUGCUUUGUAUGCAUAUUUAAACAAAUAUAGCUUAUGGUUUAUAAGUGAAA